UGUGUAUAUGUUUUAUGUGAGACACUGAGUGUCUGAGUCUAACAAUACUAAACAAUGCUAUGAUAUGUGUGUUAAGCGAGACGUUUGAAUGUUUUCAAUGAGUGAGUGAAUGAAGUGAGCAAUCAAUUCAAUUGAAUGAAUGAAAGGCCGGAAAUUGAAAGAUCAUCACUAAAACAGAAAUACAAUUAUUAUAUGAUUUAGACAUACAUUGAUGUCUUAUUGUUGUUGUUGUUGUCAUAAUCAUUGACACUAAUUGAUUAGAUUUGUGACACCUCUUCUGCAUUUAGUGUUAUCACUGGUCACACACAACACACACAAACAUUGUGGUCAACAUUUUGCAUGACAUCCCGAGGAUCCGACCACAAGAUCAUCGUAGUUGUUAGCAAGUGAUGGUGCAUUGGGAUCAAGUGUGCUGACACAUACAGUUGCCAACACAAUCAUAAUGAUGUUUAAGACAUUAAUGACCACAAUAACAACAACAACAACAACAACAACAUCUUAAUUGAUCCAUUUGUUGUGGUUAUAGUUGACAUUAUUAUCACCGAUAAUGACAUCUAUGUUGUUUUUAUAAUCACCGACGGGAUGACAACGAGAGCAUAUUUUUGAGGACAAUAUUUUUUUUGAACGGCUAAUCCGUCAACUAAACAGUUGGAUCACCCGAAAGCCAUAUAUCAUAUGUGAUAUAUCCUAUCAUUGGAUAUAAUAAUUCAUAUCAAUUGCCAUAAAAAUCAUAUUAGAAGACAAAAUCAUGGAUCUAAAUCUUACGGCUCAAGAAAAAGAGUCAUUGGACGCCUUCCUCAAGAUUGUCAAUGAGAUUCGUAUUCAACACAAUACUACUCAUAUGUCGGCCAAAACGGCUCUCAAGUUUCUGAUGGCCCGCAAGUUUGACAUUCACCGAGCUUUGGCUUUAUAUGAAGCGCACGAAAUUACCCGCUAUCGGGAAGGUUUGGCCAAAUUUGAUCCCAACUCGCAGCCAUUGAAGGCUGAGUUAGAGACCGGAAAGUUUACCGUUUUGCCCGUUCACGACAGUAUCGGUGCGGCCAUUGCUAUGUUUUCUGCGGGAAAACAUUUUCCCAACGAUACGAAUCACAAGAUAACACUUCAGGGUGUUGUCUAUCAAAUGGACAUCGCUCUUGAAGAUGUCAAUACUCAACGAUCGGGUAUUGUCUUCAUCUACAAUAUGAUUGGUUCCAAAUAUUCAAAUUUUGAUUACGAAUUGAGUCAAAAGAUCCUGAGUCUGCUGAAGGGCGCAUAUCCGGCUCGGCUGAAGAAAGUCCUAAUAGUAAUGGCACCGCUCUGGUUCAAAGCGCCGUUCAAAAUAUUGCGAUUGUUUGUACGCGAAAAGCUCAGGGAUCGUGUAUUCAUGGUUAACGUAUCACAGCUGCAGUCACACAUACCGUUAGCAGCGUUGCCGCAAGAUUUGGGCGGACAGCUGCAGGUCAACCAUCAGUCAUGGCUACAGCAUUGUCUUCAAUCGCAACAGAGCAGCGACAUCAACGAACUGUGUUCGUUGACAUCAUCGAAGUCGUUCUCAUUGAAUCCAAACGGUGGCCAAACAACAACAACAGACAGUGCAAUACUAGCAAUGAAUCUAUCAAAACAUUUUAGUUGUGACCAACAGACUAACAGUAGCAACGGAUUCAGCGAUGAUGACGAUGAAGACAAUAGUGAAAAGUGUUCACAAAUAUUAGCCAACAAUUUAAUUGGUGACAAAAAUAACGGCUCAAUACUUAUAACAAAUUCGUCGUCCAAUUCAUCGACGACGACAAUAUCCAAGACAAACAAAUGCAAACCAGACAUAAUAUCGGUGCCAAUGUAUAAUACAGGCCAAGAAAAACUAGACUACAAUAAUAAAUUUAAUAAUAAUAGUAGUAAUAAUGAUAAACAACUAGUGAUGUUUGAUGAGGUGGUGGUAGACCAGGAGGAAGAUGAAGCUGAAGAUCCAACAAAAGGCAUGACUGUUGAAGAGUUUAUCCAAUAUUUGAAAGACAAAGGAAAGAAAGGACUUCAGGACGAGUUUUUUGCCAUCAAAGCGCACGGACCCGACGGCACGUUCGAGGCGUCCAGACUUCGGGCCAAUCAAAGUAAAAAUCGCUAUUCAGACGUUCCCUGCUAUGAUAGGACCAGAGUUAGACUGCCGAUCAUCGACGCCGACGAUCCCAACUCUGAUUAUAUUAAUGCUAAUUAUGUGAACGGCUAUAAACAUCGCAAUGCAUUCAUAUCAACACAAGGUCCGUUGCCGAAGACAUUCGAAGAUUUUUGGCGCUGCGUUUGGGAAAACAAUUGCUGCGUUAUUGUAAUGACCACUAAGACAAUAGAAAGAUGUCGGGCAAAGUGCGGCCAGUAUUGGCCACUCGAUGAGGAAAGUAGUCUGGAUUUCGGACAAUUUCAUGUUCAUAAUAAUGGUGUCGACGAACAAAACGAUUGGAUUAUUACUUCGCUUGUCGUCAAUGAUACCAAAACUGGUAUGACUCGUGAAAUAAGUCAUAUGCAAUUUACAAGUUGGCCCGACUAUGGUGUUCCCCGAUCGGCGGUUGCAAUGUUAGAGUUUAGAGUAAAAGUCAGGGAAUAUCAGGCAAACUCUACAAAAGCCAUGGGAUCGUUAUGGAAGGGACAUCCAUUGGGACCACCCAUUAUUGUUCACUGUAGCGCUGGUAUUGGUAGAACAGGUACAUUCAUAACGUUAGAUAUAAGUAUUCAACGAUUAGAGAAAACCGGACGAAUAGAUAUUAAGGGAACGGUAGAAAAGAUUCGUCGGGAACGGGCACACAGUAUACAGAUGCCCGAACAGUAUGUGUUUUGUUAUUUAGCUCUACUCGAGUACGCUCUCUGUCAGCGAUUAUUAAGGGAUGUCGACCUAUCGGGCUUUGAUGACAGCGAAUCGGAACUCGAAGAAUAGGAGGUGUUGGGUCGCCCCCCCUUUCCCAUCAAUUACCGCUUAAUAAUGUACAGAUGAUAAUGGAUGGUAUACUCAAUGAUGAUGAUGACGAUGACGAUAGUGAUGCAUUUUAAUAAUGUUUUAUU